GCUGGCCUCCGCGCACUUCCUCUCCGGGAGUCCGUGCUGGGAGCGCCCGGUACGAGAACUCCAGGACGCCGAGGCCCUGACCUGGUCAGACAGCGCAGAAAUGUCCGAGCAAAGUAAGGACAUGGGUGACCCCAACUUUACUGGCGAGGGCCCCAGCCCAGGGGCGCACGGCAGCCGUGGGGGGCCGGUGGGGGUCCCUCUGCCAGUCCCUCCGGCCGCGCCCCUCACCCCGCCACCGAGCCCUCCUGCAGGUCCGAGCGCUUCGCCGCCGCCCCAGGCCGAGAUGGAAGAAGUGGACCCGAAGAUCCUGCAGCAGGCCGCCGAGGAGGGCCUGGUCUACCAGCCUCCGAGCGCGCCCCAGCCAGGCCCCGCGCCGCCCGCCCCGGCCCAGCUGGUGCAGAAGGCGCACGAGCUCAUGUGGUACGUGCUGGUCAAGGACCAGAAGAAGAAGGUCAUCUGGUUUCCAGACAUGGUGAAGGAUGUCAUCGGCAGCUACAAGAAGUGGUGCCGAAGCAUCCUCAGGCGCACCACCCUCAUCCUGGCCAGGGUGUUCGGGCUGCACCUGCGGCUGGUCAGCCUGCACACCAUGGAGUUCGCGCUGGUCAAGGCCCUCAGCCCCGAGGAACUGGACAGGGUGGCGCUGAACAACCGCAUGCCCAUGACAGGCCUGCUGCUCAUGAUCCUCAGCCUCAUCUACGUGAAGGGCCGCGGGGCCAGGGAGAGCGCCGUGUGGAACGUGCUGCGUAUCCUGGGGCUUCGGCCCUGGAAGAAGCACUCCACCUUCGGGGACGUGAGGAAGCUCAUCACCGAGGAGUUCGUCCAGCAGAACUACCUGAAGUACAAGCGCAUCCCCUACACCGAGCCCCCCGAGUACGAGUUCUUCUGGGGCUCCAGAGCCAGCCAGGAAAUCACCAAAAUGCAAAUCAUGCAGUUCCUGUCCAGGGUCUUUAAGAAAGACCCCCAGGCCUGGCCUUCCCGGUACAGAGAAGCUCUGGAGGAGGCCAGAGCCCUGAGGGAGGCUAGUGCCCCUGUCCCCUGCCCCCGCAGCAGUGUCUCCGAGGACUAGCAAGGUCUGGAGGCAGAUUCGCAGUUUCUGCCCCUCCUCAGAGCUGGGAAGGGUGGGUGGCUCAUUAGCGCAUUCAGAAUUUACAGCUCAGUAUUUCCUGUGUAACCUUUAAGUUUUCAGUACUAUGCUUUGAUACCUUUCCUGCAAUAUUGUAUUCAUUUGGAUACUGCUGAGUAGCGUUUAGAAUUUAUGCAUGUUUGUUUAUAAGUAAGUUCAUUUGGUGCUUUCGCUUUUGUGUAUUCUUGGAUUAUUAUUCUUGUUUUGUACCAGACAUGUGCUAAAUUUAUGAAGUACAUUGUACACUUUCUUAUCUUAUUCUUUGUAUGGGACCGAUGAUGUGUGUUGGAGCAGACUGCCCCUGAAGUUGGGAUGAACUCAGGAAAGCUGGCCUGCCCAAGAGAAGAGUCGAGGCCCCUGCCUCUUGGUGACCUUGCUGGGCACAGAAAAUCUCUGUGCAGAGUGGACUGAUUUGGACUGGGACGGUCUCCACGUGGGCAGUUGGCACACCUCACUACACAUACACAAUGCCACCAUGAAUAAACUUUCA